AUGCUCGAAGAGGCUGAUCAAUGCUCUGAGGGGGAAAGUGCCUUUCCGAGUCUAAUAACACAGGAUCGUGAAGAAAACUCAAUAUUACGAAGAAUUAUCGGAGCCAACAAAAGCAAAGCGCGCCGAUCGAGAAGUUUCAUUCGAGCACAACAGGAAGCUAUAGAUGUAGUUCUUGAUCCUGGAUUGCCCGAAGUUUUCAAAGUGAAAGAGGAGCCGGAAAACGGAUCACAACUGAAAUCACUUCAUUUUGCCAAUAUGCAGAGAAGGUGCUCCGAAAUAUCAAAACACCGACUCUCGCGAUCGCUCUCUCACGAUUUAUACAAGCCUGAUAACCAAGCAAUUUGUGUAAAGGGGGUGAAGGAUGGAGAAUUUCUGGAGAAAGAACAACUGGGAGAAGUAAAUGAUGAAGUCAGCGCUGAGGUAACUCAUGGGGUAGAUGGUCGGCCAUUGAAAUCACUCCAUUGGAGAGCGCUGGACCAGAGGCAUAACUGCAAUGGUAAUUCUUGUGAGAAAUGCAAGCGAGUUCUUGAAGUAAAAAAAGCUGUGGACAGAUUUGAAGCAAUUAGAGCUGCAAAACAAGUACUCCAAGAAAGCAGGAGCAACGAGAAGACCGAAGACGAAGACAGUAACGAGUUUGGGGAGAGCUUGCAGAAAAUCGAACGGGAAGAAAGAUUCUGCAGGAAUAUGGCGCUAGCACCGAACGCGCGAACCAGGGUUCAGAAAUCCAAGACCCCAGCAGCGCAGGAUGUCAGACGCGUUCACUCAGGUGGUAAUUGUAAGUGGGCUCAACCAGUGCUAAGUGAAAUGCCUACAGGUGUACAUAAGGAGUGUGCUUUUAAUAACAACUCACGCAGUUCAACUCCUAAACCUGAAGAAGGGGAUUUAGUGUUGGAAAGAGAAAGGCGCAGUAGCCUUACUUGUGCCUCUAAACUUAAAUUUAUACGCGAGUAUUUGGAUGAUGAGCCUGACUUCGAGUCUGAGGAGAUAACUGCAGCUGAUUUAGCCCCCAGGUCUCAGACAGACAUUGUGUUCACUCUUCCCUGUUCAUACGAGCGACGAUUUGUUCGACCCAAGCCUCUAAAUCCAAGAAUUGUACUCCUAGACAUGGCAUGUGAGGAAAUCGAUGAAAAGCCGGCAUCCAGUUUUGAGAAGGGAGGCGGAAUAACAUUCUUCCGAAAGUUUAUUACCGUCAAGUCCUUAGUUCGAAGAUAUCACAGUACAGAAUCCGACAGCGGGUGUGGGAGGGCUAUUCCUAAUCAGGAUCUGGACGAAAAAAGGGCUGCGUCAUAA